UCUGCCCACCUGAAGAUGGCCUGUGCCCACCCUACGAUGCAGCCCAGUGCCUGAGGUCCUUACCAUGGUGAUGAUCCUAAGGAGAAGCCUCAUCAUCCAGGGAGCGGACUCCAUAGCACACAGGACCUUCGUCCCUGAACUGCACACGCCAAAGAAGAUGAGUCAAGGACCUACCCUUCUGUCCUGUGGAAUUAUGGAAAAUGACAGAUGGAGAGACCUGGACAGAAAAUGCCCUCUUCAGAUUGAUCAACCAAGCGCCAGCAUCUGGGAGUGUCUACCUGAAAAGUGUCAGGAUAGCUCCCUGUGGCACCAGGAGGCAGUGACUGCCUGUGCAGUGACCAGCCUGAUCAAAGACCUCAGCAUAAGUGACCACAACGGGAACCCCUCAGCUCCUCCCAGCAAACGCCAGUGCCGGUCACUAUCCUUCUCUGAUGAGAUGUCCAGCUGCCGUACGUCAUGGCGGCCCUUGGGGUCCAAAGUCUGGACUCCUGUAGAGAAGAGACGAUGCUAUAGUGGGGGCAGCGUCCAGCGCUACUCCAAUGGUGUCAGCCCCAUGCAGCGGAGCUCCAGCUUCAGCCUCCCUGCCCGGGCCAAUGGGCUCUCUCCACCUUGCCACCAGUCGAGCCUGCACCAGCGCUUUGGGGGACAGCCCUGCCCAGGAGCACCAGGUUCAGCCCCCUGUGGACAGGUGGGCGAUACCUGGAGCCCUGACCCACACCCUGUGGGAGGGGCCCGGCUGGACCUGCAGCGGUCUCUCUCUUGCUCACACGAGCAGUUUUCCUUCCCAGAAUACUGUCCACCCUCAGCCAACAGCACACCUGCCUCAACGCCAGAGCUGGCAAGACGCUCCAGUGGGCUUGCCCGAAGCCGCUCCCAGCCAUGUGUCCUUAAUGACAAGAAGAUUGGCGUGAAGCGGCGGCGUCCUGACGAAGUGCAGGAGCAAAGGCCUUCUCUAGACCUUGCCAAGAUGGCACAGAACUGUCAGACCUUCAGCAGCCUCAGUUGCCUGAGCAUGGGGGUGGAAGACCACAGCUCCCAGAGCCCCUUUGCCCUCAGCAGUACCCGAUCCUGGACCGCACUGCUCUCAGCCUCCAACCCAGGGGGCAGGACCCCUGCUGGGACCCCGGUUCCAGAGCCUGUUCCCCACUCCUUUGAUGAUCACUUCACCUGCCAGGAGGACCUAUCCUGUGAGGAGUCAGAUGGCUGCAGUCUCGAUGAGGAUUGCUGCAGGAAGGGGGAGCCGGCCACAGCCUGGCAGGACCUUGGAGCCUGCACGAACAGCCUCUGCUCUCUGGAUGGCGAGCUGGACAUUGAGCAGAUAGAGAACAACUGAGGGGACCGUGGGCUGAGGCCCGGGGCAGAGCCUUUGUGAUGGAUGGCCUUCCCCAGGCCUUAGGUGGUCACUCCAAGGAGGUCCUAGCUCCUGGGUCUGGAAAAGCUUCCAAAAGGAAGCCCACCCACUUCCCAAGGAGCAGCUGUCACCCUGUAGUGCUCAAAUUUGUGGAGGCAAUUUGGCCACACCUCACAGGCAUCAGCUGGCCUCCCACCAGUCCCACGGAACUACCGUAGCCCAAGAACAGGCUUUUGGUUUGGUCUCCUCCUCUUUGUUCCUCAUGGAGUGCUGGGUAGCCAUUCUCCAGUAGGGCUGGGCCAGCUGCAUCCCUCAAGUAGGGUGUCAGGGGCCUGAGCCCUCUGUGGCCUCGCUCAGGUUCCAUCUGAGGAGUUGCCCAGAGCCUCCUUUUACUUAGUUUACUCCGUGCCUUCUCUCCCAGGUCUCCCUGCCCCAGGCUUGGGAAGGUUCGGGAGACACCUCCUGUAGUGACACCAGACCGUGUGGCCUUAAUCCAUUUGGGGCACUGUGCAGGGAUUCUGGGGAUAAUCCAUGUCCCAUUUUUCGGGACCAGGGGAUAGGUCAGGGAUGACCAGAAACCAUCCAUACUGGGUAGGCAUUUUGGUGGUUGUGUUGACUGAAAGGUGGGCCCAUGAGUUCUCCCAUGGUGCCAAGAAUCACCCACACCUCUGCCAGCACAGGGGCUGCCUUGGCAAGGCUGGCACUGGCAGCCUUGGUCCUGUGUACAUUCCUGGGCAGAGGGAUGUCUGCUGGCUGCUUUGCAGGCUGGUCACUUUGUAGGCAUCCCUCUGUAGCUACCUAGGCUGGGGGCCUGGGGGUCUCCACAGCAUUCCUAGCACAUUGUUGCUUGUUCACAGACACCGCUGGCUUUAAUGAAAGUGUACUGCCAUGGGCUUCAAGACACCCCUCCCAGUCCACUGAUGGGAGCCUUAGCGGCCCAGCCACAGCUUGGCUUGAAUCACACUCCCCCCUCGCAGCUCCUCACUCCCAGCAUAGUUCCCAGAGGGCAUCUGUCCAGGCAGCUCCCCGAGUUUUCCCUGCAGAUAUGCUACAGGGCUCUGCACUCUGGGACUCUGGCUUUUAGCAAACUUGGCAUCUUCUGCAGACAAUAGCAAGUGGGCUGGCUUACACAAGUGGCUUGUUUUCCCAUAAGGCUAAAAAUAACUGGUGCGUUCUCUUGAGCUCAUGGACAUGUGAUCUAGGCACUUUUGCAGUCACUCUGCUGUGCCUACCCUCCGAGGUUCCGUCCUCUACUGGUUGAGCCCAAAUGGUUGUUAUCUUUCUCCUAACGGAAGUCUUGAUGAGAACCUUUUGUUUAAACUCUACUUUGUCAAUCCACCAGAAAGAUGGAGGCUCAAGUUCUGAUGUAUAGGCAGUGUCUCUAAAAUCAGACCCGGGCUGGGCAGCAUGGUGGAUGCAUGUGGUGAGGUGGGAGACCACCGGAACUCGGGGUCACUGGAGAGCAAAGUAGAAAACUGGUGAAGGCAUGCCAUGGGAGCCCUGCCUGGUCGGUCACAGGGGGCAUACCUUCUCUUCUCUGAGCAGACCUGGAGGAUAGUAGUUGAGAGGGCGUGGGAAGCACACACCAGUGCCCAGAAAGCCCACAGUGAGAGGUUCUGGAUCUGGAGUAGCCUCACAAUCCCUAAAGCCACCCCUCAUGAAGGAGGCAGAGUCUGGGCCCUGUCCCCUGUCCCGUUUCACACAGCCAGCUAAGGCCAAAGCAUAGGUUAGUUGCUAGUUUCCUCUUCUGUGGACCAGGUUAGAAGCUCCUGGUGGCAGGUGUGUCUUAAGGCUGUUGUAAUGGAUGACUGGUCUUUAGGCUGUCUCCUUUAAGCCUGAUGGCUGAAGGACAACUUCAUCCUCCCUCCCUCUAGGGCAUUGUUCCCCGUGCAGAAGAAAUGCUCCAGACCUGGGUAGGGAUGGACCCUUUGCAGCUUCCUCAGGCCCCUCUGGACUGUCCCUGUCCCACUAAGGCCUUAGUCCAAACCCUCAGCAUAGUAGCCAGAGAAGAUGGCAGGAGCCUUUCUGCUUAGAGAACAAGGCGGGUCUCAUCUAGAAAGUGCCCAUUGGUCCUUCAGCAGCCAUGCUCCCCAGACAGGCUCAUUCAUCUCAGAGGAAGGUUCCCCUGGGAGGUUCCCUCUGGCUCCCAUGUGCUUGGACCACAGGCAGCAGUCAGACUGGCUCACCCCCCAGCCUGCCUGUGAGUGUCAUCCCCCAAAGAAGCUGAGGGUGUGCUUGGCUACCCACUUGCCUAGGAACCCAAUGGCCUAGAACAAGGUACGGCUCCACCAGAGCCAACUAGGGAAGAGGGCCAUCCAUCACAUUGCAUCCCAGCUCACUCAAAAAGCCACUGAACUGACAGGAGUUACUCUCUGCAGGUACCUGACCUGAGUUUAGCGUAGCAGCCUAGACCGUUUACAUGACUGCCCAUGCUUGCCUUACCCAUGGGUGGUGAAGGUAGAACCUGGUCAGCACCCAUGGGCUUUCUGGUGUACAGGCCCAAGGAGCUUGUUCUGCUCGCACAUGCAGGCGUGCGUUCUCAGAAGGCCUUACUUUAAUUUUUUUUUGUUUUUUUGUAGCAGGAGAGUUUUCUAAAUUUGUAUGCAGAAAGAAAAGCUAAAUAAAAGAAAGAUCCAUACUAAACAGGAAAUGCCCCCCCACCAAUUUCCAGAUGGGUCUCUUAUGCAGACAGAUGGUAUAAUACUUUUUCUCGGGCUCAUUCAAGGUUCACCUCAGUCAGAACUCUCCCCUGGACCCUGCACCCCAUUUCCACUGAUGUGGUUAAAAUUACUUGAAUGAUGGCCACUUAAAACAGAAGCCAGGGCUCAGGGACCCUCUGCCCAUGCAGCCCAUGAUGCUGCCCCUUGCCACAUCUGUGCUGCUGGUUAGACCCCUCCCCUUGGUGCCAGGCCCCUUAAUGAGAAAGAGAAAGAUAUUUUUAAAUUGCAGACUGAUGGAGCUCCUGUAGCCUAGGUAGGAUAGCCUGACCUCCUAUCAUAGUCUCAUUGGCAAAUGAAUUGCAUUGUCAAUGCCUAGGGCGGGAUGCCCAGGGGUCAGCGACAGAUGGGCCGGCAGUCUGUGCUAGGAGCAUGUGUGCUGUCCCAGCCAGGCGGCAGCGGUGGUACUAUUUCAGAUAGUAUGGUAACUGGUGUGGUGAGUCAGGGCCCCCACCAGGGCAGCAAUCCAUGGGCAGCCUUGCGGGGUCUUUUCACUAGCCCUCCAUGCACCGCUGCCUGCCCUCCCUCCCACACAGGCCAUGGCUGCCUGGCGCUACAGUCGCUCUAGUCUCAGGAAUUUGCUUGUUACUUUUACUGUGUAAAUAAAGCUUCCUGGUCCAACCCCCA